AAGGCCUCGGGCCGCGGGGCCCGUCCUCUGCGCCUCGGCUAAUCGGCAGGGAGGGGCGGGCCCUGGGGCGGGUUCCGGAAGGCGGCGCGAGGCGCAGGUGCGGAGGCCGGGCUGCCCGGCUGCGGCCUCGGGCGGCGGGGCUGCGGCCUCCGGCGGCGGGCAGUAUGGAGGACGGUUCCUUGGAUCUCAUCCAAAGCAUCGAAGAUGACCCCCUCCUGGACAUCCAGCAUCUCCCCCAUCACUCGUUACAUGCUCAUUUUAGACCCAGAUUCCACCCUCUUCCUACAGUCAUCAUAGCAAACCUUCUCUUGCUAAUACAUGUUGUGUUUGUUGUUUUAGCGUUUUUAACAGGCGUGCUUUGUUCUUACCCCAAUCCAAAUGAGGACAAGUGCCCAGGAAACUAUACCAACCCACUGAAAGUUCAGACGGUCAUAAUCCUGGGAAAAGUUAUUUUGUGGAUUCUGCAUUUCCUUCUUGAACGAUACAUCCAGUAUCACCACAGCAAAGUAAGAAACAGAGGCUAUAACAAGAUCUACCGGUCGACGAGGCAUCUUAAAAGCCUUGCGCUGAUGAUACACUCAACUGGCAACACGGCGCUCCUCCUCGUCCUCUGCCUGCAGCACUCCUUCCCUGAGCUGGGCACGCUCUACCUGGACCUCAUGCUGGCCAUCCUGGCCCUGGAGCUGCUCUGUUCCCUGGUGUGUCUGCUUGUGUACACAGUGAAAAUUCGGAAAUUUAAUAAAGCCAAGCCACAGCCUGAUGUACUUGAAGAAGAAAAAAUCUGUGUUUACCCCAGCAAUAUUACCUCGGAGACAGGAUUCAGGACUCUCUCGAGCCUGGAGGAGAUCGUGGAGAAGCAGGGGGACAUCAUCAUGUACCUGAAGCGCCACAACGCACUGCUCAGCCAACGGCUCUUGGCUUUCACGUCCUCCGACCCUGGCUCUCAGCCACAUGGGCUUUGACAGCGGUUUCAGACGGACCCACCCCCUGACAAGCCGUCUUAGGGAACUGCAGCUUUGCCAAGUGACGUUUUACAGCUUUUGUUGGAAACCUAAAUUGGGUUCUCACUUGUGUGGCUGUAAUAAGUAGGACUUGAGCGUCAUGUGAAAGGCACUUUGGAGAGCCGCGGUAACUCAAGGGGAAUGUCUGUUUUGCACAUUUUGGAAUUAUUUAACUGCCUGGUUUAUCCGAGGCAUAGGUAUAGUUUAAAGUUCUCCUUGACUAACCCUUCUUGCAAACUCAUUGCAACCCUGUAAUAAUUUGGCAUUUUAUGGAAUAAGUCUGACAGGACAACCUGUUUAAAACUGGGCUUUGAGCAAAGAAGUUUUCCCCGCUUUUAAACUGGUCAAAGAAGCCAUUGUUCCUCAUGGUUAGUGUUUUUUUCCCGUGGAGCCUCAUGCAUUUCAUAUGCUUGUGUGGUGUUGGAUGCCUCGGCCCUUGUACCUUUUCUAGAGAAUUUCUUCACUGUAGGACCAAGGUCUCACUGAGGCAUCUACUUUGCAGCUCCUACAGGUUUCCAUUCUCCAGAAAUAAAGUCUGAAGAUGACUUGGACCAGUGUUAGACCGGCCAGUGCAGCUGAACUGCUUAGAGAAGACUGCAGGCUCUCUCUUUAUUUUGGCCCUUCUUGGAGAGGCUGCCAUGUGUUUCAGUAUUGACUGUCAUCAGAUCGGUACGUUCAGUGACAGGAAAGAUGUCUGUGGCUGCAAGUUUGUCUGAAAGAAAAAAAAGAACACAUUUUUCAGUCUUAGAUUAUACUUAAUAAAAAUUAUGAUGGGGAGAAAGUAUCAUAUCAUCUUAUACGUGGAUAUUAAACAUAUCUAAUUCUCCAGAUAAAAUGAAGCGUUUUUAUGAGUAGAUGACAUUUUUCCUGCAGUUUUCCUAGCGUGUCCCUUUACUUUAUCAGUUUGCUAUUGGAACCUUCACAUGCUGCCUCAGAGAGACUUCAGGCUGAAAGCGUAGCGCGAGGGAGGGGAUGUUUGUGAUUAUGUAUGCUGCUAUUUUUUUUUCUUGUAUUUAGCUGAAUAAUCAAUAUUUGAUUUAAAAAUCCUUGAGCUAUACAUAUAUUUGGCAAGGGGUGUAUUCACUGGGCCAUACCAUACUUUUGAAGGGCAGACGUCUGUCUCCUUCAGAUACAGCCACUGGGAAACAUUCUGCAGGUUUUCUGCUGAGGGCAAGGUGAUUGUGUGUCAUCUGUAACCAACACCGUCGAGUCCCCAGAAUGACAGUGUUCACAAACUAAAGCCAAAAUUGUGUUUUUCAAGUUCAGAUUGUAUUCAAGUUUCCAGACUUUUCCUCCUUCUCUUCUUUCUUUCCUUUUUAGUAAGCAUAUCUCAAAGCCAUUGCCUUCUGUGGAAAUCUGUCUGUGUUCUGGAAGAGCUUUUUCCUUUAGCUGUUUUCCUUAAAAGGAAAACCCCGUAGUAGACGAGGAAUUCUCGUUUAUUUUUAAAUUAAAUUUGGAUCUUAUAGUCAGUU